GGGAUUAGUUAUGUGCAGUGCACGAAAAGAGAUGAUGAUGAUGUUGCCACGGACCUGUUUCUCGAUGCUGCUGCUGGUGCUGCUUAGCCUGGCCCAAGCUGACGAUCAGAAGGACGAGGACUCAUCGAUGACACUCAGCGAGGUCGUCGAAAUGGUUGAGCCAUUUGGCAAUGGCUGUGAGCCCAAGCCGGAGCGAAGCCACAUUGAGGAGAUGGUGCUGAACAAGGAGGAUGCCUCGCAUGAGAGCAAAUGCUUUCGUCGCUGCAUGCUGAAACAGUUCGAAAUAAUGGGCGAGGGCUCGAUGCAGUUCGAUGAGACGAAGACCGUCGACAUGAUGAACAUGAUGUUCCCCGAGAAGGAAGCCGAAUCCAAAACAAUCAUAGGCAAAUGCAAUCAGGCAGCCAACGGCAUCAGCGAUGAAUGCGAGGUAUGCCAUACCAUAUCGAUGUGCAUGCUGCGCGAAAUGCGUGCCGCCUCCUACAAGAUACCCGACGUCAAAGAGUAGAUGGUGCGCUCCACAAAUGUCUUAAAUUCUAUUCAACAAUUUGUCCUUUUUUUUUUUAUUUGUAUUUGUAUUGUUUGAUUCCCUACAUUCAUUUAUAGAGCUCGCGGUCCUAGUUCCUGGACAUGCACAGGCAAUAAAGCGGGCAGCCAU